AUGCCAUUCCGCAGUGCACACCACCAACACUCGGUUGAACAGCGCAAAGUACUCCUUCAGUCAUCUGGCGGCAAAAAACGGCCUGCCGAUGAACAAUUCUCGGAUGCGUCAAGCUCUUACUGGCCCGAGGGAUGGAAUUGGGCGCGUUUUAGUGACCCUAACACCGAUUUCUCAGUUUUAUCAGAGGAUGAACGAACAAAGAUGUUCAAAGGUUUGGAGGAAGUCCUUGGGGAGGAGGGUAUGCGUAGGAUGACGAUCUACAAGCGACGAAGGUGGCAGAAACAGGAGGAUCAGAGGCUACGAGACGAGGGCGUUCCUCCACCGGAAUAUGAGGAACCGGGUUUCCUCAAGCUAUCACGGAAAAGAUGCCUCGAUGGCCGCCCUUGGGGAUUUGUUGCCUUCCGCACGGUCUUAUACGACAACGAAGAGAGAUGGGUUGAAUUCAAAACACUAGUUCAACAGAUCCUAAAUAUCGCAUUCGAUCGAGUGGUGGGUGCCCAUAGAGGGCAUGAGUAUGAGGAGGUCGCACUGGCACGGAGGCUCUUUACUCUUCAUUGGAUCGAAGAUAAAGAGCUUCACGGUGCUACCGAGAAUACUCUCCGUGAGUGGUAUGAGAAGGCCAAGAAGGAAGUGCCGGCAGGCAUGGACUACAACCUGUUCCUAUCCACCUGCCCAGAGGCCGUUGACUCUGUCUUUUCUAACCCUCUCCCCACUACGGAAUCAUUACAUUGGCGUGACGAAGCGCCCUUCCUACUUGUUGUCAUGGAGUCAACCGAAGAGAACCCGCAUGGCGAUGAUCCGUAUGAUCCCGAUGACCCCCAUCAUGAGAAGAACUGGUACCAGUCCGUCUUCAAGGUGCCCGUGGAGAUAGUUCCCGACACUCUUUGGGAGGUGAUUGAGAUGGCGAUAACCGAGCCUACCAGGCUCACACGCAAGGUCAAGGGGUUCAACCAGCUACUGGGAGGACCGAAACCUAGGGAAAUCCCUCUUAUAAACGGCCUGAACGACCUGUGGUGGGGGACGAUGCCGUCGCCACAGGAUCACAAAAGGAAACGCAUCCAGCGAGGGUUCCCAUCGUUACGGUACUAUUAA